UCAGUUCCUUAAUUGAGUCCUGCGUUCCUUUUGUUUCUCUUUGCAGCUUUCGAUCAUGGUCUAUAUUUCUCGCAACGUGUCGAACACCGAUCGCGGCCUGAACAUCGGAAGCUUCCUAAAGAACCUAAGCAAAUUUGCGGUUGAUUCCGCCAUUAACGUCUCCCUCAAAGGUUUCACUGGUGGGAAGAAACUGUAUCAGACAUUUUUGCAGGAAAAGUUAAAAGAUGAGGCAAGCAAUGUGAAACUAAUGAAGGAGGAGACACAAUCAACAAAAAUGGAAGACAUUGCAAACAAAGCUGUAGGAGGAACAGAGCCUGUGAAGAAGAAGAAGAUGGUACCUCAAGACUCGAAGGAAAUGGAGCUCGAAGAUCCUAAAAGGAAAACAAUUUUCAUUCGAUCUCGCCUGUAAAAUACUAGGAAAAGUUAAUGGGUAAAUUGAUACUUCAAUUAUAAAUAUUUCGAAGAUGUACUUUUUUUUUAUUGUACCUUGUUAAUGUUUAAGUUAUAAUUUGAUUAAGGUUUCUAUUGCUAGCUUCA